AUGAGUGCAUAUUAUUUAGAACAUGCCAGCGUUCAUCAUCUUCAAAAGCACUUUGAUUUUUUUGAGGAAGAAGCUCGUUCCUUGCUUGCCUCUGGCCUUCCAAUCCCUGCGUAUGAUCAGCUACUGAAGACCUCUCACGCUUUCAAUAUUUUAGAUUCUAGAGGUUUUGUCGGGGUAACAGAGCGUGCUCGCUAUUUUGGUCGGAUGCGAAGCUUAGCUCGUCAAUGUGCUCAACUCUGGUUAAAGACCAGGGAGUCCCUUGGACAUCCUCUGGGUAAUGCUUCUGAACCUGCUCAGCAUAUAUCUGCUAAAGAGCUUUUGGAGGCCGCAGUCGAAAAGGUGCAUGACGAGCAAAGAUUUUUUGUUCUUGAAAUCGGCACUGAAGAAAUGCCUCCUCAAGAUGUAGUUCUUGCAGGGCAGCAACUCAAAGAUUUAGUGUUGCAAUUGCUAGGGAAACAAAGAUUGAGUCAUGGUGAAGUUCAAGCUUUUGGUACUCCUCGCCGACUAGUGGUUUGUGUUGAGAGUCUUUCCACUAAGCAAGCUGAGAUUGAGCUCGAGGUUCGAGGACCUCCUGUUUCAAAGGCCUUUGAUCAACAAGGAAAUCCUACAAAGGCUGCUGAGGGGUUUUGUCGUAGAUACAACAUACCAUUGGAAUCAUUGUUUAAAAAGUUUGAUGGCAAAACAGAGUAUGUACAUGCCCAUGUAAGGGAGACUGCACGAUUUGCUUUGGAGAUUUUAUCAGAAGAUCUGCCCAGUGCCAUCAGUAAAAUAUCAUUCCCAAAGUCAAUGCGCUGGAACUCUCAGGUCAUCUUCAGCAGACCAAUUCGUUGGAUUAUGGCCUUGCAUGGAGAUGUGGUUGUUCCAUUUGUGUUUGCUGGAAUUUUGAGUGGAAAUCUAUCUUAUGGUCUUCGUAAUACUCCCUCAGCUACUGUUCAGGUUGAAAGUGCAGAAUCUUAUGCAGGUGCAAUGCAGAAUGCUGGAAUUAAUAUUGAAAUUGAGGUUGUCAAUCUUGUUGAGGCACCAGUUUCUGUGCUUGGGAUGUUUAAAGAGUCCUUCUUGGAGCUUCCAGAAGAUCUUUUAACAAUGGUCAUGCAAAAGCACCAAAAGUAUUUCCCCAUAACUGAUGAUGGCGGACGGCUGCUGCCAUACUUUAUUGCUGUGGCAAAUGGAGCAAUCAACAAGACAGUGGUAAAGAAAGGGAACGAAGCCGUGCUUAGAGCUCGGUAUGAAGAUGCAAAAUUUUUCUAUGAGAUGGAUAUGCGUAAGAAGUUCUCUGAGUUCCGAAAUCAACUAAAUGGGAUUCUUUUCCAUGAAAAGUUAGGAACAAUGCUCGACAAGAUGAUGCGUGUUGAAAACAUGGUUACCAAACUAAGUGUGCAGUUGGGAGUUAACGAAGAUGUGAUUCAGGUUGUCCAGGAUGCAGCAUCACUUGCUAUGUCAGAUCUUGCUACUGCUGUUGUGACAGAAUUCACUGCCCUUUCAGGAAUAAUGGCGCGCCAUUAUGCUCUUAGGGAAGGCUAUUCAGCGCAGAUUGCUGAGGCCUUGUUAGAAAUCACACUUCCUCGAUUUUCUGGAGAUAUGGUUCCAAAAACUGAUGCAGGGAUAGUUUUGGCAAUUGCUGACAGAUUGGACAGCCUUGUAGGCUUAUUUGCUGCUGGUUGUCAACCUACUUCCACCAAUGACCCAUUUGGCUUGCGAAGAAUCUCUUAUGGUCUGGUCCAAAUAUUGGUGGAUAAUGAUAAAAAUUUGGAUUUGGUUUGUGCCUUAAGGCUUGCUGCUGAUGUGCAACCUAUUAAAGCAGAUGUCUCCAUGAUUGAUGAUGUACAUCUAUUUGUUACUCGAAGGCUGGAGCAAUUCCUGGUUGAUAAGGGGAUAAGUCCGGAAAUUGUUCGUUCUGUUCUUACUGAACGUGCAAGCUUACCUUGUCUGGCAGCGAAGACAGCAUAUAAAAUGGAGGCCUUAUCAAGAGGAAAUCUUUUCCCUAAGGUUAUUGAAGCAUAUUCUCGUCCAACAAGAAUUGUCCGUGGCAAGGAUGUGGACACUGAUAUGAAGGUGGAUGAGGCUGCAUUUGAAACAGAUGAAGAGAGAGCUUUAUGGAGCACCUUCUUGUCCACAAAAGGCAAAAUUCACCCUGGCAUUGAGAUUGAUGAGUUUGUUGAGAUAUCAUCAGAGCUACUACAACCGCUUGAGGAUUUCUUCAACAAUGUUUUUGUCAUGGUGGAAGAUGAACGAAUUAGGAAGAACAGGCUUACUCUUCUAAAUAAAAUUGCAGACCUGCCUAGAGGCAUAGCAGAUCUUUCAGUUUUGCCGGGAUUUUAG